UUCUUUUUCUUUUUUAUUUAUUUUUUGUAUAAUAAAAUUUCCUCAUUUCUCAAUUCAUAAUGUCGCAGAUCUUGCAAUCAAUUUUAGAAUGGUUGAAAGGCUUAUUUUUUAAAACCGAAAUGGAACUAACCCUAGUAGGUUUACAAAAUAGUGGAAAGACUACACUCGUAAACGUUAUAGCAUCAGGGCAAUUUGUCGAAGAUUCGAUUCCGACUGUUGGAUUUAAUAUGAGAAAAGUAACAAAGGGUAAUGUGACCAUGAAAUUAUGGGACAUUGGUGGACAACCACGUUUCAGAAGUAUGUGGGAAAGAUACUGUCGAGGAGUAAAUGCAAUUGUGUUCGUCGUGGAUGCCGCAGAUCAUGAUAAAUUAGAAGCUGCAAAAGUAGAACUUAAGGGAUUACUGGAAAGACCCCAGCUUAUUCAUAUUCCAGUACUCAUACUUGGCAAUAAGAACGAUUUAGAAGGGGCGUUAACUUCUGAACAGUUAGUAGAUAUAUUACAAUUAAAAUCCAUCACCAAUCGAGAAGUUUCCUGCUAUUCAAUCUCUGCUAAAAACCAUAUCAAUAUAGAUGUCACUCUUCAGUGGUUGAUUAAGCAGGGUAAAGGACAAAAGUAGUAAUUUUUUUUUUCCUUCUUAUUCCCACCCUUUAAAUACAAUAAAAACGCGACACAACCAUAUUUUCCUUU